CCACUCGGCAGCCCUAAGUGUGUGUGCGUGUGCCUGUUUUAACAAUACGGGAUCUUCCUUCUUUGGCUCCUUUAAAUUAUAGAUCAGGAACACCCUCAGCAGAGCCUCAAGCGAACCCAGGGCAGCAUGUCUGGGAGCAAAUACAUAGAUUCAGAGGAUUUUGUGUACACCGCACCCCUCAGGGAGCAAGGCAACAUCUAUAAGCCCAACAACAAGGUCAUGGAAGGUGAGAAGGAAAUCCAUGAUGUGCACACCAAGGAGAUCGACCUGGUCAAUCGGGACCCCAAGCACCUCAACGACGAUGUGGUCAAGAUUGAUUUUGAAGAUGUGAUUGCUGAACCCCAGGGAACCCACAGCUUUGACGGGGUCUGGAAAGCCAGCUUCACCACUUUCACUGUGACAAAAUACUGGUUUUACCGCUUACUGUCUGCAAUCUUUGGCAUUCCCAUGGCUCUCAUCUGGGGCAUCUACUUUGCCAUUUUGUCAUUCCUCCACAUCUGGGCAGUGGUGCCCUGCAUCCGGAGCUACUUGAUUGAGAUUCAGUGCAUCGGCCGAGUUUAUUCUAUCUGUAUCCACACCUUCUGUGACCCGUUCUAUGAGGCUGUUGGCAAAAUGUUCAGCUCUAUAAGAGCAACAGUACAGAAGGAUGUGUAACUGACAUUUCAAGGAGUACACAGAGUGGGUCUUCUCUUCCCCCCUGCCAUUUUUUGGUGCCAGUCUCAAUGAUGAACGAAGUGACCGGCAUUCAACAGUAUCAGUUAUUGAAGCAAUCAAGUCCAACUUGAAUGCAGCAAAGAAUUGCUUACUAAAACUUUCUUACUACGUAAUCCUUCCUGGAUUUAUAUUGCUCACUGUUUUCAGGAGGGAGUUCAGUUAGCUUUAUAAACACACACACACUAAAAUUUGCUGCUUUCCCAUUCCUAUCUGCCUAUUAUUUUGCUGACCCUUUGGCAAACCGACAUAUUCUGCUUACCCCUUCCAUUCAUUUGUUGCAAAUUAAAUUCUCAACAAUAUAAUAAAGAACUGCCAAAAGCAAAAAUCUUUCCAGCACUAUAACACUGCUUUUCAUUUUACUGUGAGCAAAUGGGGUCUAAAGCUAUUUCAGCAUAAUGGACAUGAUAAGCUGGCAGAUUUUUAAAGAAUGUUCUUUUUCAAAUGUAUUGUGUUCGACUGUAGCUCUUUCCUGUAGUGGACAAUAUCUAACUGCUACACACAGCUAGAUCUAAGUAAAUAACUAAUAUAUAUGCUUGACGAGAGAGAGAGAGAGAAAGAGAGAGAAAUCCAAAGCCUUCAACUUGGACAACAUUGCACAUCCUCAGAAAGCUACAACCUGGCUUCUUCUUUCCUGUUUUUUUGUCCCCACUGAGAGAUGACUUGCAGAUCUUUAUAUCAAUAAAAGGUAUACGGAAGGCACUGCCUUAAUACUUUAAAAAAUGUCACAUCAUUCAUCUAACCCUGUAUCACGAACUUCUGAUGGGUGGCUCUAGGACUUCCUGGAUCUCCCUGUAGAGUUCUUCCACUUCUUCUUUAGAUCCCCCUUACUGGAUGUGCCAAGAAUGGACCAUAAAGCCUCCUAUAAAUGCAAAAUGAACAUGUCAUCACCAGACCAUGGAUUCCAGUAUUCAGGCUCAACAUUCAAGCCAAAACUGUGUUGCAAACACAUUUUCUGGACUUUGGGUCAAGUUCAAAAGCACUUGCAUCUGCAGAGCUCCUACAACAUCGUCCCAUUUAUAUGAUGCUUCAUCCCCAAGCUAAGAUUUAGGCAGGGAUACCAUAUUCACUGCAGCAACACUGAGCAAAGCAGACAAGGAAAUAUCACUGUGGAGGAUCAACUGUUCUUUUUGCAGGGGAAACAUGUCAAGAUGUGUCCAGUGAAUGCAGAGUUUUCCAGCUAUGAACUGGGGUUUUAAGGGUGGUUUGGUUUGGUGGUUUUAUGAGGGGCAGCAUUAAAAUUCCCUCGUCAGCCAAGGUCAGCAUGCUGCCAGUACAUUCACGCUUUGCUUAUUUCGCACUAAUCCACCACGAGAAGAGUGGCUUUAGCAGCCCUACAUGGCAAUUCCCUUUUUUCCACUCCUCAGCGAGCUGUAUGCAUCAAUCAGGAAGCCUUCAUGGAGGUAAUUUGUGUGAAACUGACUGAAAAAUAUACAGAAAUAAAGCAUUUGCAACAUUAUUUCAUGCUGUGACCUGAUUAGGGGCUCUCUGCGAUGAACCAUGCUGAGAAAGAACCAUCCUUGAUUUGCCUGAAUCUGUUUGUUGCUUUUUUCAAAAAGUAGCUGUGAGGUUAUGUUAGCUGGGAUAAGCCUUCUUAUGAAUUUAAACUGAGGAAUUUCAAGGCCUGAGCUUGCUCUUGCUGGGAUCAAUCCCAGGGAGGACUUGUUUGAAUCUUUAGCACAAAACCUGUAGUGACUUUCAGGUACAGCCCACCUGUCACCUGAGAAUUCCUUGCAUAAUUCUUCUUACUGUAGAAUUGCUUUAAGCCUGUUUUACUUUAAUAGGACACUUAACAGUACAAUCCUAUGCAUGUGUACUCAGACGUUGAUCCCAUGCAGUUCAAAGGGAUCAGUGCCACCCACGAUCCUUGGCAGCCUGAAGUGAAGUUUGAAUGGUGCCACCUUUCACCACGAAUUCCAGCAUGGUCAGCCUUUGAAGCAGUCAGGUUUCUUCUUGCCACCUUCACCCCAGAUAGUGCUGCCUGAAGUAGGACACAGUAAGGCCAGACUCCUAGUAAGUGUGCAAAGGAUUGUAGCCUUAGUCCACCAGCAGCACUGCCCACGUUGUGACUGAUAGGCGACUUCUGUUGCCAGCCUAGUGCUUAUUGGAGAUCAGCCUUGGAUUCCUUUCUUAAUUGAACAGCUUAUCAUUGUUACAAGCUGCUUGCAUAAAUUGCACAAAUGAGGUCAAGAUGGCCUGGGCUGCGAAUCACACUGAUUUUUGAAAUGGCACCCCUAAUCCACUGUUUCCAAGGGAUUUCUGGGUGACCAUUUCAUUGCAAAAUAAAUGGACAGUUGUUGCAAAAGAUCCAUUCAUCCUUCCAUAAUCUGAUGCUUUUUGGUUGGGGACAAACUAUUCCCCUAUAUUGGUCUGCAGGUAUCAUAUGCACAUUUAUUCACUGUCAUUUUUCCAAUACUCAAGCAGUAAUACUUUACUGCUGGAGAAAUUUAAUUCUUUCUCCAACAAGUAUAUUUAAUUACAGUAUUUAGGGUGCAGCAUGGAAUGUAGUUUCCAAGACAAGAAGCACCUGCUUCCCCCUUCCAAAACUUUUUUGAAAGUCUUAGUUUAAUAGCAUUUCUCCCACCUUGUCUUUUAAUUACUAUCUGCUCUUGACUGCCUUUACUCAAGCAAGGAAACAGCAAUAAGGCCAUAAAAGCCGUGAACCCGAGGAAGGUGACGUGCUGUCCUAACAUUUUACCAUUAUCCUAUUUCUCCUCUAGGUACCUUUGCAAUUUUGUGAAUGUGUCACGAGUGGGCUCACGAGUGGCUGUCAUGAGGGCAUCUUGCCCAUUCACAAAAUGGCUGCUGGGUUUGGUGUAGCUGGUCACAGAACACUAAAUUCCCCGAAGCCAAACUGGUGAGGAUAAAAGAAAAACAAAUUCCCUAAGAAACUAAGGAUGAGGGAGGGGGAGGGGGAGCCAAAAUACUCAGCUGUCCCUCUGAACCCAAAUAAAGAUGGUGUUGGAAGGCAGCACUUUGCUUUGCAGCAAGUCAACUUCCUGGGGGGGGGGGGGGUUGGUUUUUUUUUUUUUAAAUUUUAAAAAUAAUAUAAAACUGGGAGAGACAGAAAACUUGGUGGGUGCAGGUUGGGUGUACUGACCCUUAGCAACAUUAUGCUCACAAUCCCAGUUGUGUGGGCCCAUGCCUGAAAAAUGCUAAAAAUUAACAUUUUAUCAUUUGUAAGAGACAUAGUAGUUGCCCUGACCAAUUUAGCCCUAGUCACUAAGUAUGUAACGGGAGGCUUCUGUGCAGUUCCACACAUGUUGCUCAAAAGGAGCUAGGCUGUAUUCAGUGUCCAGAGAAACCUUGCAAAGUUGAAAAGGGAAAAUGAAGUGGGGUAUUGCCCACAGGAUCUGCUUUACUCAGGGUGCAAGUCACUACUGAAGCCAAUGACAAAAUGGCAAUUUUCAGUAAUUCUAAGUGGUUCCCCCAACACUAGCAGGCCUUCAAACAUGAAAAUGGAACUUCUGUGGAUGGGGCGUGUCUUUGUUGUUGGCACAUACAUUGCAAACCCAGCAACUAAACAUUUUUCUCUCUUUUUACGUUGAAAAAACACUGGUCUGGCUAUAGUUUUAUGUUUUUACUAUGUACAUAACUGAGAGUGUACUGUUAGAUAUAUAUUUUGCAGUAUUGCAAUGCACAUUUGGUGAGAAUGUAAACGAGAUAUAUUUUAUCUUUACAUAAGGAAAAUCACUUUGAAAUCUAUUGCGUUUAAAUUGUGUAUUCAGAAGGAGUUCCCAAAUGCAAAUAAAUAGCUGAUCCAGGAUAUUUACAUAGCUAUUGUAUGCUUACAAGGUAUAAUAAGUCACAUUUUUUAUUCUGCAUGUUCAACAUCCAAGGCUACAAUCUGCACAAUAAAAGCUGUUUUCAUAGAAAA